AUGGUGGAUUUGACGGGUUCAACCAAACUUCCUACCAAUGUAACUAGCAAUGUAAGCAACCAAGUUAAAAACGUUACCAAUUCGGCUGAUAAAGUCGAUAAUGGUAAAAAGGUUGAUAGUAGUAACAAAGUUGAUAAUAGUAAGACCGAUAAUAUCAAGACCGAUAAUAAGACCGAUAAUGUCAAAGUCGAUGAUAUUAAACCAAAUAAUAUUGUAGAUGAUGUCCAAGCCAAAACUGAUAAAGUCAAGACCGAUAAUGUUAAGGCCGAUAAUGCCAAAACCGAUAAUAAGACCGAUAGUGUUAAGACCGAUAAUUCCAAGACUGAUAAUGUCAAAGUCAAACCAGAUAGUAUUGUAGAUAAUGUCAAAAAUGACACGGUUAAUAAUGUUUCCGAUCUACCUAAUGCAGUUGACAAUACAGUUAAUAAUAAAGAUGUACCUGUAAACACAUCUAGUAUAAGUCCACCCAAGACGAUCAAAAACACAAUCAAAAAUACAAUCAACAAAGAUAAUCCAGUUAAUAAUAUAGUUAAUAAUACAUCUAGUAAAAUACCCGAAACGGUCGAAAACGUUGAUAAUACAGUCAAGGGUGUUAAUGAUAAAGUCAACAAAGAUAAUCCAGUUAACACUAUAGUUAAUAAUACAUCUAGUAAAAUACCAGAAACGGUCGAAAACGUUGAUAAUACAGUCAAGGGUGUUAAUGAUAAAGUCAACAAAGAUAAUCCA